AAAACUCGCUGUAUUCCUCAAAUUGGUGUUUUCAAGUGGGAAAAUGUUUCGAAAAGCAAAACAAACUGUGGCACCGCUUCCGAAACCACCCACCGAAGCGCAAAUGCUAGAAGAUUUACAGCUGUUUCACGAGACAAAACCAGCGCCACAGCAUAUUUCCAGCGAAAACCUACCAACCUUAACGGAGGAAUCGAGUAUGGACGAUUGGUGGAAAGUGUACGAUGCCACGGUGCAACACCAUGAGCAGUUUCGAGAACUUAAAACGAAUGCACAAGAGCUGAAGCAGACGCUACAGGAAAUGCGCAGUCAAUUGCAAGCAGCAUGCGAUAAAAUUAUGGCCGAAAUCAAUCAAGACUUGGAACGGCUAGGUGCCACGAUGUCGGAAUAGCGUUGCCAUUCAUGUAUGGAAAAUUUCAGUUAAAUUUUUACUUUAGGCAUUGGUGUGAUUCGAACGUAUUGUAAUAAAACUACGGGUGUUUAUUGUUUGUAA